CGCAUGCGCCACCCGGACUACUCGCAGGGCGACGUUGUCGAGUCGUCCGACUCGGACCGCGAGGCGAGCGACUCGGAGGGCGAGACGACCGCCGUCGACGACGGCACCUACCAGGACGACAACUUUGUCCGCAAGGUGCUCGCCAAGGAGCGUCCUCUGCCGCCCAUCACGCUCAAGACGCUCCCGCAGAACAUCAACGUCAUCUCGACCCUCGCCCUCACCGUCGUCCCCGCCCUCGCCAUCUACGGCGCGUUCACGACGCAGAUCAAGUGGCAGACGGCUUUGUGGAGCGUCAUCUACUACUUCUACACUGGCCUCGGUAUCACGGCCGGGUACCACCGCCUGUGGGCUCACCGCAGCUACACGGCGUCUUUGCCGCUCCAGUACUUCCUCGCUCUCGGAGGAUCUGGCGCUGUCGAGGGCUCGAUCAAGUGGUGGAGCCGUGGUCACCGUGCGCACCACCGCUACACCGACACCGACCUCGACCCGUACUCGGCGCAGAAGGGCUUCUGGUGGUCGCACAUCGGCUGGAUGGUCGUCAAGCCCCGUCGCACGCCCGGUGUCGCCGACGUCAGCGACCUGUCGGUCAACGAGGUCGUCAAGUGGCAGCACCGGUGGUACGUGUACCUCAUCGUCGGCAUGGGCUUCGUCUUCCCGACCCUCGUCGCCGGCCUCGGCUGGGGCGACUACCGCGGCGGCUUCUUCUUCGCCGGCGCCGCUCGCCUCCUGUUCGUCCACCACUCGACCUUCUGCGUCAACUCGCUCGCCCACUGGCUCGGUGAGACGCCGUUCGACGACAAGCACUCGCCGCGCGACCACUGGAUCACGGCGCUCGUCACCGUCGGCGAGGGCUACCACAACUUCCACCACGAGUUCCCCCAGGACUUCCGCAACGCGAUCCAGACCUUCCAGUACGACCCGACCAAGUGGUUCAUCAUCGUCAUGCACUGGCUCGGCCUCGCGUCGCAGCUCAAGACGUUCCCCGACAACGAGAUUCGCCGCGGCCAGUACGCCAUGAAGCUCAAGGCCGUCGCUCGCGAGGCCGACGAGAUCCGCUGGCCCAAGUCGUCCAACCACCUCCCCGUCCUCACGUGGGACGAGUUCCAGGAGGCGUGCAAGACUCGCCAGCUCAUGGUCAUCUCGGGCUACAUCCACGACGUCUCGACCUUCAUCGACGAGCACCCUGGCGGCCGUGCGCUCAUCAAGACCCGCCUCGGCCGUGACGCGACCAACGCCUUCUACGGUGGCUACUACGACCACUCGAACGGCGCCAACAACGUCCUCGCGCAGUACCGCGUCGGCGUCAUCGAGGGCGGCUACGAGGUCGAGCACCUCAAGCGCUUCUCCAAGCUCAUCGAGGACCUCAAGGAGUCGGGCGCCGACGGCGUCGCCGGCAAGAGCGCCGACCUCCACGGUGGCGCCAAGAGCUCGACCCGCACGACCGUCAUCAAGGGCGACCCGCAGCUCAAGUCGGCGCCGCUCGCCGACGUCGCUCAGCCGCCGACGUUCAAGAACGUGCGCUUGACGGGCGGUCUUGGUCACGCUAUCUACGCGUGACCCAGUCCCGUCUCGUCGUUCCACCUCGUCGUUCUUCCUCGUUACGCCCCUUCGCAGUUGCAGCAGUUGUUCCCCUUACCCCUAGCCUCCUUCCUCCUCACCUCGACUUAGUGACCCCUCUCGACGUAGAUCGUCCUCGUCUCCCCUUCACGUCCUUCUUUUUGUGUAGCUCUACCCUCUUUACCCGCCCUCCUCUCCCUCUCCCCCGUCGGUCGGAGCAUGGCUCGUCCUCGCUCGAGACCCGCUUAGUCGUCGUGUUUUGGAUUGACACCCUUGUCAGUGCCGUUCUGCGU